ACUCCUCUAGACGCUAACGUUAACAACAUAUCCGGGUAAACCAACCUGGUUGAACAAACCGGUGAGGUGCUGUUGUCCCUGGGGGAAUUUUUUUGAAUCACAUUGUUUCAUACACAAGGCUGGGCGUCUACACAAAUCCGAGGACAUGGACACUGCUGUGAUCAAUCUUCACAGCAUUUUUGAAAGCCUGCGGGCACAAGCUGAUGUUCUCAAUGAAAGCAUUGAGCCCCAGUUCAUUCAGAUGGCUUUGAAUUUUGAGAACAGCCGUCGUAAAUGGCUGAGACUCGAGCAGGAGCUGAAUGCUUGUAAGGAGGUGCUCACCAAGGCUGAGACAGAGCGAGGAGCUCUAGAGGUCAAGCUCAAACAUGCCCGCAACCAAGUAGACGUGGAGAUCCGUAGGAGACAGAAAGCUGAGGCUGACUGUGCAAAACUGGACCGUCAGAUCCAGCUCAUCCGGGAGCUGUUGGUGUCUGAAGGCUCCAGUAACAGCAUCCAGUUAAAUGAGGAGCAGCGCUCCGCUCUGGCCUUUCUGAAUGCCCGUUCCCAGAAUCCUGCAAACCUCAACACUAGCCGACGACUGGCCACCAUUGAUGAAUCGGCCUCUAUCUUGUCAGACAUCAGUUAUGAUAAAACUGAUGAUUCUUUGGACUGGGACUCUUCUGCAAUCAGGGCUGUUCGUCUCAAGAAACGGCAAAAGAGACGCUCCUCCCGAAACCACACAGAUGGCCCCCCUGCUGCUGCCAAGAGGUCCCGUUCCACCGGCCGUACCUCUGAGAAUGGUAAUGAGUCUCUGGUGGCUAAGACCACCGUGACGGUGCCCGCUGAUGGCGGACCCAUUGAAGCUGUCACCACAGUGGAGGCUGUUCCUUACUGGACCCGGAGCCGCCGAAAAACUGCUGCUCUGGAGUGGGACACUGCUGACACAGACUCUGUUCAGUCUAUGGAUGUGUUCAAGCAGCCCAGUCAGCCCAAUGGAGAGAUCAAGACACAGCCCAGCACUCCCCAGGGCAACGGAGGUGUACGCCUGCAUGAGUUUGUCUCCAAAACGGUGAUCAAGCCAGAGUCUUGUGUACCAUGUGGUAAGAGGAUAAAAUUUGGGAAGAUCUCCCUAAAGUGCAGGGACUGCCGUGUGGUGGCCCACCCCGAGUGCCGUGAGCGCUGCCCUCUGCCCUGCAUUCCAACCAUGACUGGGACUCCAGUGAAAUUUGAGGAGGGCAUCCUAGCAAAUUAUGUGUCCACCUCCUCUCCCAUGAUUCCUUCGCUAGUGGUGCACUGCGUUAAUGAGAUUGAGCAGAGAGGCCUGCAUGAGACUGGUCUGUACCGAGUGUCUGGCUCUGAUCGAGUGGUCAAGGACCUGAAAGAGAAGUUCCUGCGUGGGAAGACUGUUCCCUUGCUCAGCAAGGUGGAAGAUAUCCAUGCCAUCACUGGUCUCCUCAAGGACUUCCUGAGGAACCUCAAAGAACCCCUGCUGACCUUCCGCCUCAACCGUGCCUUCAUGGAUGCUGCUGAGCUGUCCGAUGAUGACAACAGCAUCGCCUUGAUGUAUCAGAACAUCAGUGAUCUUCCACAGCCCAACAGAGACACUCUGGCCUUUCUCAUCAUCCAUUUGCAGAGGGUGGCCCAGAGCAAAGAUACAAAGAUGGACAUAACCAAUCUGGCUCGGGUAUUUGGGCCCACAAUUUUGGGUUAUGCCGUGCCUGACCCAGAUCCAGUGACCAUCCUGCAGGACACAAAACGGCAGCCGAAAGUGAUCGAGCGUCUCUUGAGUCUGCCUGUGGAGUACUGGAGUCAGUUUAUGAUCAGCGACAACCACCAGGGUCGCAGUGAUCACAUGAUCAUCGAGAACUCCAAUGUCCACGCAACUCCUGAUAACAAAACAAGUAUGUUUGGGCCCCUUACGACUCCUGACCAGCAGAUGAGCAAGACCCCAUCAUCCAGCUCUCUCUCCCAGCGCAUGAAGAAUGCAACUCUUAAUGCAAUCACUCCAAAAUUUUCUAGCAGGAGCAGAGCUGCAGUCAGCGUCCCUCGCCAGGGGCACUUCUUCGCCUCUCCUCUCUUGAAGUAGCCCUGAAGCUCCUCAAGGCUGAGUUUUACUUUUCUUUGGGAAACAGCUGCAAUAUAUUACAUUAUCCUACUUGCAUAUUAUGUCUGGUUUGUCCAUCAGUUUGAACCAUAUUAACACUACUCUUUUUAUCUGUUGAGUUUUCUAGUAACAUUUGUAUUUUAGUCGCUUUUAAAUGUUUUAAUGUACUGUUAACAUUCUCACAACCAAAGCGAUAGGCUGAUAUAAGCACUUCCAUCAGUUACUGAAUCCUCUAUUAACAACAGAAUAUGCAUCAGUUUGGGAGUUCUUUAUCAAGAAACCUGAACUUGGUUGUAGCAUCUAGAACAAAAAAGGUUAUGCUGUAUGCAAGAUUUGUAUAUAGUAUAAUCUGUAUAUUGUGUGUUUUACAAGGAACGACAAGCAAAAUCUCAAUCUCUUAGAGGGUUCAAGGCUUUAGUGACUAUCAGGUUUUUCUAUGUAGAGUGUAAACUGUGUUUUUAAACACAGUCAAGCUUAGAUUUUACAGCCAGUAGGUUAAAUACAGAAUUUAAGAUGAUGUUGCUGUUCAUGUUAAAAUGAAUGAUGCUGAUGUUUAAAUUAUCCAUUUGUUGUUUGAGAUGCACUGUGCUUUUGAAUCGUCUAAGAUUUAUGCAUAGAGCGGUUCAAGACAAGAAAAUUGAGAAUUCUAUGCAAUUUGUAUGCGAAAACACUAUUGGUUGUUUUGAUUGGGCAUUUUGUCUUUUAGCUUCAUAAUUGCUUUUGAUCAUAAAUGAACAUGGCCAGAAUUAUUUUAGACUUUCACUGUGGCAUUGAUUUAUGUCUUUAUGCAGUAUUGGCUCAAUUUAUUGAAUUUUAUACCGUAUUUAAAGUAGAAAAACAAAAUAUGGUGCCCUCUGGGAGAAUUGACUGAUUUUGAAGGAUCUAGCGUACCUCGUUCAAUUCAUAAAAUAUUAUAAUGUUUGGACACUCUUUACUGUAUACAAUUAGUCAUUUUCCUUUCAGUGGUGCAACGUUUUCUGGACCAGUAGUUGUGUAGCACUGAACGGUCAUGCUUUCAUCAUUUUAAAAGGGCAAUUGUUUCUGUGUUGAACAUUGAAGUUGAUUUAUCAACUCAGUUGCUUUUCAAUUUGAGUGGUGUGAUAUUUUGUAAGACUUGUGCUGUUUGUAAAAUACAUUCAUUUAUUGCAAGUCCUUUGUGUCUGUCUUUUAACACAUUGCAUUGGGGUUUAGAGUUAGACUGAAGUGGCGAGACUUAAAUGUUCACAUUUAAAAUACAAUACAAAAUCACUGAGGCACAAAGCGUGCCAAAAUGUAAGAUUUAAUGGACAUAUGAAUUAAUGGAAAAAGAGAAGUAUUGAUUGAUUUCUUGAAGAAAGUUCUUGUGGGUUACAACUGCAAAGUAGCUAGGUGUACUGAAAUUGUUAUAAUGAAGAAACUAUAACCAGGAACGGGGACAUCUCUAGAUUUUUUUUUUUAAGGAAUUAUUUACUCAAAUGUAAAUUUGGAUCAAAUUUACGCACCCUCAAGUCAGCCAUGAUGUAGACGAUUUUGUUUGUUUGUUUUUCUUCAUCAGAACAGAUUGUGAGAAAUUUAGCAUACA